UGGUUUAAGGUUCAAGCUAGUCCCGCUGACUGUCUCGUACAGCGAACUUAUUUGGUAGAUUUAGUUAAAUUUAUUGAUUAAACUAUGUCCAUAAUUUGUGUCGCCUUUGCCCGGAAUGUCUUGGCGAUUAGGAACUCUGGCACGACUGUGAUGGUGCGCUAUGCUCAGACAGCCGCUGCCCCAGCUCCUGAGCCUAGGAUUAAGAAGUUCCAGAUUUACCGCUGGGACCCGGACACAGCUGGAGACAAACCAAGGAUGCAGACAUAUGAAAUUGACCUCAACACAUGUGGUCCAAUGGUUCUGGAUGCUCUCAUCAAGAUCAAGAACGAGCUGGACCCCACACUUACAUUCAGACGUUCCUGUCGCGAAGGUAUCUGCGGCUCCUGUGCCAUGAACAUCAAUGGAGGCAAUACUCUCGCGUGCCUCAAUAAAAUCGACAGCAACACAAGCAAAGUCACCAAAAUCUACCCGCUUCCUCACAUGUAUGUGGUCAAAGAUCUGGUGCCUGAUAUGAGCAACUUCUACGCACAGUACAAAUCCAUCGAACCCUACCUGAAAAAGAAGGAUGAGUCUAAAGAGGGGAAGGACCAGUAUUACCAGUCUGUGGAAGACAGGCAAAAGCUGGAUGGCUUGUACGAGUGUAUCCUGUGUGCAUGCUGCAGCACCAGCUGCCCCAGUUACUGGUGGAAUGGGGACAAAUACCUCGGACCUGCUGUUCUCAUGCAGGCAUACCGAUGGAUGAUCGACUCCCGUGAUGAGUUCACAGAAGAGCGUCUGUCUAAGCUUCAGGACCCAUUCUCUCUGUACCGCUGUCACACCAUCAUGAAUUGUACCAAAACCUGCCCCAAGGGACUCAACCCAGGGAGGGCCAUUGCAGAGAUCAAGAAAAUGAUGGCGACCUACAAAGACAAGAAAGCGCUGUCAUCUUGAACACCACAUGAAGAUCCAUGGAUGCAUCUAUUUAUUGUUGGUUGAAUCGUGUUCAUUUUCACAUCUCGAUCAGUCCUCAGAGCAUAUGAACAUUUCUGAGGGAGCUGAUUUUUAACCAAUCUACCAUUAAAUAACGAUCAAUUAUUCAAAAACCAUCACUCAUAUUAAACGAUACCUCAAACAAGCUAUGGGAAGUAGCUAAGUGCACAGGUCUUAAUCUGCAGACAUCAUUCAUUGAUAUCUAAUCUUAAAUUGUCUGGGGUCAUGCUACAUUAUGGAUUUUUUAAGUAGCUAUCUCCGCUGCAAAUCAAUGACAGUUUUGCUGAGACUGCGGAUCAUUUGUGUAUGUACUUAUGUGUGCCUGUUUAACAGAGACAAAAGCAAGAUUUUGGACCAUAUUUCCACCGUCCAGGUAUUUACUCAUAGUCCUUGCAUGAUAUGGAGCCUAUCCUAGCUGACCUUUGGUGCACAAGGCAGGGUACACCCGAGGCUUGGUGGUCGUCAGUCGGUCACAAUCAAUCACACAAACAACAGUUAACUUGCAAACACGGGAAGAACAAGCAAACGCCAUACCGACAGAUAUUUGAACGUUUCAGGCAUCAAUGUCAAUGUAUUUAAACUGUAAAUAAUGUCAUUACAUGUACUUAUUAAAUAUG